AUGCCUCCCGUCAUUAUUUCCAUGCAUUACAACGAGAUGAUGCUCCCUCCAUUCGUCGGCAUGGCCCCCUUCCUCAUCAGAGACACACGUCCCCGCCCACCAAGCACAGACACAAACCCCGGCCCCGUGAAAGGGCUCUUAAUGACCACACGCGAAAUCUGCAUAAACCUCUAUGAGAUCGCGGUUCUUCUGAAAGACAUCAUUGUUUUAUCCGGGGAGAUCAUAAUUAAGGCCGGUGAGGUGAUCGUAGCAGCGAUAGACCUUUGCGAAGUGAUUUUGGGUCCUGAUCCACCUGGUCCGAGGCGUGAUAAUGUUCCAACACGACGACGGGAUCCUCCUCCUCGUCCUAUUUUGCGAGGACGGAGGAAUUCGUCUCAUAUUGAGCAGGUUCAGACAGUUCAGACAACUACUACUACGGCUGUUGUGGAUGUUGAUGAUGAUCGAAUUAGACGGGGGAGGAUCUUUCAUGUUGAUUCUGAUGAGAGAGUUUAG